AUGAUUACAAUGAGUGUUUUAACAUCUCCGACGUUUGUCGAACUUGUCAAUACGACAUUAAACAGCAAUGUAACGACAACAACAGAAAUCAAAUCAACAAUGCCUAUUUGGAUUCGAAUAUUCUUAUCAAUAUGUAUGAUAUUAAUCGAUAUAAGUGCAUUCUUUGGCAAUUUACUUGUUAUAUGUGCUUUUUAUCGUACACGUCGUUUACAAACAGUAACUAAUUAUUUUAUAGCAUCACUAGCAUUUGCUGAUGCACUAGUUGCAUUAUUUGUUCUUCCAUUAAGUAUACUUUAUUUUUAUCGAGAUUGGUCAUGGACAUUGGGUUUAAUCCUUUGUGAUUUAUGGGUAUCAUCCGAUGUACUUUUAUGUACUUCUAGCAUACUUAAUUUAACUUGUAUAUCUAUUGAUCGUUAUAUGGCUAUCACGCGACCAUUAACAUAUACAGCAUAUCGAUCGAAAUUUCUCGCUCGUGUUAUGAUAUUACUCGUAUGGAUUGUUUCAAUUGUUAUUACAUGUCCACCUAUAUUUGGUUGGCGAGAUCCCAAUAGAUAUGAUCUGGUUGUAGUAAAACACAAAUGUGAAUUAAAUAAUGCUCGAGGUUAUGUUGUCUAUUCAGCACUUGGGUCAUUUUUUAUUCCAGCUGUUGUUAUGAUAUUUGUUUAUAUACGUAUAUUUAUGGUUGUUUAUGAUCGUGAAAAUAUAAUUAAAAAAUUUCAUGACAAAGAUACGAUUUCACCUGCACAAAAUCUUUUAAAAACCAAUCAAAAUGGUAAAGUAAAUGCUAAAAAUUCUUCAGAUGGUACCUAUGAUAAUAAUAAAAAUUUAAUAAAACGAACUAGAACAUCUUUUUGUUGUUGCUGUUUAUGUUUUCAAAAAAAAUCUCAUGAAGAUAAAUUAGUUAUAACUCAUCAAACAGUGAAUGAUAGUCGUUCAAAACAAAAACAAAAUCAUUCUUUUAUAUAUCGUUUUCCAAAUAAAAAUACUCAUAUUAAUACAUCGAAAUCUGCACCAAAUACACCAUUAUCAAUAUCAAAAAAAGCAACGACAACAACAACGACAACAACUACAACGACAAUAUUUUGUCGUCCAUGUACAAUAUCAACGAAAAAAAUGACAAAUUUAUCUGAUGAAAUUUAUCAUUAUCGACGUAAUUAUUUAUCAGGUAUUGGUGCUGAAUAUCAAUUUCGUUCCGGUGAUUCACCAUGUUAUGAAUUAAAAACAUUUCAAGAUUCAUUACCACCAUUAAUUAAAUGUCGAUCACAUUCAUUCGAACAAUCACCAACAAGAACUAAACGUGAUUUACCUACAGAAUUUAAUCCUAAUGGACAAUUACAAACAUCAACGAUGAUAGAUGAUAAUUCAACAAAUUUUAAUAAUAAACAAUCAAACAAAGCCAAUUGUAAUCUCUUAUCUAAUGAAGACAAUAAAAUAACGAAAUCAUUAAGUGAAUUAACACAAGAUAUAGCACGAUUAUCAAUGCUCCAUCAAACAAAAGCCUAUGAGAUUAAUUAUCCAAAUACUAUAUCAAAAUCUUCAUCGUUAUAUAAUCAAAAUGUAUCUAAUAAUUCAACAUAUUUAAAUAGCGAUGCACAAAAAUCUCCUCCUGAACAAACACGUAUAAAUCGUCGAAUAAAACCUUCACGUUUAGCAAAAUCAACACCAUCAGAAUUAUUAAUCGAAAAUUUUAAACAACAAUAUAAAACUCCAUUAAAUAAUAAUCAAGCAUUAGCUAAAUCUACACAAUCAUUAUCAUUAACACAGCGUACAAGUGAAAAUAAUCGGAAGAAAUCAAAAUGUUCUUGUUGCUGUUGUUUUAGUCCGUUGAAUACUUGGUGCGAAAAGAAGAAUAAACAAAUCUAUAAAUUUAGUCCAAAUCAAUCUGUGACAAAUGAUGACGACGAUGACGAUGAUAAAUUAUCGUCAAAUGAUACACCAACUCGUACACCAAUAGUAGUAUCAAAUACAAAUCUACGUGCUAGAGGAAAUUCUCAUCAAAAUGUUGUUUUAUCUUCGCAUCAUCAUCAUCAUCAUCAUCAUCCAUUACUAGCUGGAAAUGCUACAAAUCCAUCACAUGAUGUUCAUCGUCGUGAACGUAUACGUUUUAUGAAAGAACAAAAAACAGCUAAAACAUUAGCUAUUGUUGUUGGUGGUUUUAUUCUUUUUUGGUUACCAUUUUUUAUUAUGUAUGUUAUACCACCAAAAAUACAUGGAUUUAGUGAUUUAACUGGUACAUUAAUAACAUGGCUUGGUUACUUUAAUUCAGUUAUCAAUCCAUUUAUAUAUGCAUAUUGUUCUAAACAAUUUCGCAUGGCAUUUUGGAAUAUAACAUUUGGUAUAUGUAUUAAAAAGUCUACUGGUUUAUUACCAAUAUCUGCUAAGAAAUGA